ACGAAAAAAGUUGAGAGUGGGUGACAAGAGAGAGGUAGGUAGGGGGAGUAAGUGAGUUUAGUGAUACUGAUGGAGAUGGGUGGGGAGAUUACAAAGGAGAGGAAGGAAGGAAUAAUGGACAGUAGAGAGAAAGAGAAGCGAAGAUAGGGGGAGAGGAAGAAAGAGGAAGAGACGGCGAACGGAAGGAGAGGCGGUGAGGGGGAAGUGACAGCUCAGACACAGAGAGAGACAGCAAACACCCUAAGGGAUAUUAUGUACGGGGCAAGGUGAGAUCGGUCUCCUGAACUAAGGCAAUAUCGGGUUUAAUUUGUUUAAGGUGCUUCAAAUUUUUUUUCCUCUUCUGGGGUGAAGUAAUUCCACCUACAUUCCAGGAUACUAACUGUUGGACAAUUGUAGCUGAAAGCCACAAGAGAUUGAAGUGAAAAAAAAAAAGUAUAUGUAGAAAGUGAAAAGGAAGACGAUAAAGUGUGUGUGCACGUGGUAGAGAGCGUGUGUAUCAUGAGUGUGCGUGAAGACAGCGGGGAAAGGACUUUAGGGGAGGCAGAGACUGACCUGGUGCAAAACGAGACAGCAGAUCCGGGAGAUGAAGGUGUCUCACAAAUACAGGGUUUGCCAGCAUCAGAUAUUGAUGAGAAUAUUAACCAUGACGUAAGAGUGUCCCGAGACAGCUUGGAGGAGAGACCGCGGGCCUGGAGAUCAGCGCCACCCUCGCCAGCCAAUGAGAGGAGAGGUAUCUCCACUUCACUUCUUUCUCUCCACACUGAAGAAUUUUUAGAGCUUCUCUCCACUGCUCAGACACGACGUCUAGAAGAGCAAAGAGCUGAAUUUCCCCCACCUGCACCACGUAAAUCACGCCACCGCUCUGUGCCUUCCUUACGUCACUUCUCCCUUCCUAGUGAUGAGAAAGGGCUUGUCUUGGAGUUGCAGCGAAGAAGAGGCGGAUCCUGGGUUGGGCGGAGUCAGAGAAAGAAACCGCCCACAAUAAAAAUACCUGCCCAGGAGGAGCUCUAUUCUACAAUUAUAGGGCACCAGGCUCAAAGAAUGGAAGACCAGCGUUGUUCCCCACCCAUUCCCCAGGCGGCUGCGGACCUGUUUGAAAUAUUGUUCCGUGUUCAAGGAAACCGUUUGGAUGAACAGAGAGUGGAUUUGCCUUCGGCACUGGGGGGAGCUUGUUAAAUUGGUGUGUUGUGUUGGAGGCUUCACUUACGUUUGGUGCCUUCUACAUCGCUGAGCCUGCUAGUUAUGGGACACCGUAGUCUCCAACUCUUAUUUCUCGUGUUUCCAGAAGAAUUAUGGAAGUUUAAUUUAUGAUCUCCUUGUUGACCAUGUCUUACAAGAUGAGGAUCUUUAAUAAAAAUGCAAAAUGUAUUUAACUUACCUCUCCUUUAACCUUUGACUCAGGCCCCUCAUCUAAGAGAUGUAUGUGGAGAGAAGUGAAGAUGUAUAUUUUCCCACAUCUCUUUUUUCUCAAGGUAGGAUGGUUGUCUGGUCAAGACAAUGAACCAGCAAGGGAGAGUUGAUUUUAUAUGUACAUUUGUUAGGGGGGUUUAUGAAACAAUCCAGCAAGAAAUGGAGAAGGUAACCAUAUUUUCUAUCUUCUCCAUCCUUAUCAAGAGUGGUAGGAAGACAAAGACAGAUAGACUUUGGUUUGGACAAUGAGAAUGAAGAAGCUUUCAGCUAGCUGCUUUGAAGAAUAAACUGCUUUGCUUGCCUAUCAAUUAGCUGAGCAUUUUGUCUGUAACAAGACUGCUUAACAAAUUCCAGUUUGCUGUAGGGUUCUCUAUGGCAAAGCCAAUCAUUGCUUCCUUUAAGGGGCCUAUAUUUUUAAUAAAUAAGACUAUCAGUGAACUUAAUUUAUGAUACUGAUCAAAGAGGUGACCGUGGCCCAUAUUUAUCAAGCUCCGUACGGAGCAGCAUAACAGCAGUUAUGAAGCAGCGGUCACAAAGACUGCUGCUCCAUAACCUGUCCGCCUGCUCUUAGCAGGCGGACAGACCGCCAGAAAUCAACCCGAUCGAGUACGAUCGGGUUGAUUGACACCCCCCUGCUGGCGGCCUAUUGGCCGCGAGUCUGCAGGGGGCGGCGUUGCACUAGCAGCUCUUGUGAGCUGCGGUGCAAUGCUGAAUAGGCGAGUGUAUUGCUCACCGUAUUCAGCGAGGUCUGUCGGACCUGAUCCGCACUGUCGGAUCAAGUCCGACAGACCUUGAUAAAUCGAGGCCAAUGUCUAUAUCAGAAGCUUCCAGCCAAGAGAUGCCCCGUUUUUUUAUUCAGAUUUGUAAUUGUAUUAAGUGUUUUUAUAUUGCUUAUUGCAGUUUAUAGAUUUUUUGGUUGGCUGCAUUGCAGUCAUAUUUAAUUUGCUUUGUUCUCAUUAUUAACACCAUUCUUCUCUGUGAUAAAACUGGUGAAUAAAGAUUUUAAUUUGUACCCAUUCAA